UCUAGUGAUGCCGAUGGAGCCAUCCAAAGGGCUGGAAGGUUCAGAGUGGAAAACGGCUCUUCAGAUGAGAAUGCAACUGCUCUGCCAGGCACUUGGCGAAGGACAGACGUGCACUUAGAGAACCCAGAAUACCACACCAGAUGGUAUUUCAAGUAUUUUUUAGGACAAGUCCAUCAGAACUACAUUGGAAAUGAUGCGGAGAAGAGCCCCUUCUUCCUGUCGGUGACCCUCUCUGACCAAAACAAUCAGCGUGUCCCUCAAUACCGUGCAAUCCUUUGGAGGAAAACAGGUACCCAGAAAAUAUGCCUUCCCUACAGCCCCACAAAAACGCUCUCUGUGAAGUCCAUCUUAAGUGCCAUGAAUCUGGACAAAUUCGAGAAAGGCCCCAGGGAAAUUUUUCAUCCUGAGAUACAAAAGGACUUGCUGGUUCUUGAAGAACAAGAGGGCUCUGUGAAUUUCAAGUUUGGGGUUCUUUUUGCCAAAGAUGGGCAGCUCACAGAUGAUGACAUGUUCAGCAAUGAAAUCGGAAGUGACGCUUUUCAAAAAUUUUUAAGUCUCCUGGGUGACACAAUCACUCUCAAGGGCUGGACAGGCUACCGUGGAGGUCUGGACACCAAAAAUGACACCACAGGGAUUCAUUCUGUUUAUACCAUCUAUCAAGGGCAUGAGAUCAUGUUUCAUGUUUCCACCAUGUUGCCAUAUUCCAAAGAGAACAAACAGCAGGUAGAGAGGAAGCGCCACAUUGGAAAUGACAUCGUCACCAUCGUGUUCCAGGAAGGGGAGGAACCUUCUCCUGCCUUCAAGCCUUCCAUGAUCCGCUCCCACUUUACACAUAUUUUUGCCUUAGUGAGGUAUGAUCAGCAAAAGGACAAUUACAGGCUGAAAAUAUUUUCAGAGGAGAGCGUACCACUCUUUGGCCCACCCUUGCCCUCCCCACCAGUGUUUACAGACCACCAGGAAUUCAGGGACUUUUUGCUAGUGAAAUUAAUUAAUGGUGAAAAAGCCACUCUGGAAACCCCAACAUUCGCCCAGAAACGUCGACGAACUCUAGAUAUGUUGAUUCGAUCUUUAUACCAGGAUUUGAUGCCAGAUUUGCAUAAGAACAUGCUUAAUAGACGAUCUUUCAGUGAUGUCUUACCAGAGUCGCCCAAGUCAGCGCGGAAGAAAGAGGAGGCCCGCCAGGCAGAGUUCGUUAGAAUAGGGCAGGCGCUAAAACUGAAAUCCAUCGUGAGAGGGGAUGCUCCAUCAAGCUUGGUGGCAGCGGGGAUCUGUAAAAAAGAGCCUUGGGAGCCCCAGUGUUUCUGCAGUAAUUUCCCUCACGAAGCCGUGUGUGCAGAUCCCUGGGGCCAGGCCUUGCUGGUUUCCACUGAUGCUGGCGUCUUGCUAGUGGAUGAUGACCUUCCAUCAGUGCCAGUGUUUGACAAAACUCUGACCGUGAAGCAGAUGCAUGUGCUGGAGGCGCUGGACCUUCUGAUUUUCAGAGCAGACAAAGGAAAAGACGCCCGCCUCUUUGUCUUCAGGCUCAGCGCUGUGCAGAGGGGCAUCGAGGGCAAGCAGGCCGUGAAGGGCAAAUAUGACUGCAGAGAAAACAAGCUGGAGAAAACCAAAGGCUGCCACUUGUAUGCCACUAACACUCACCAUAGCAGAGAGCUGAGGAUUGUGGUUGCCAUUCGGAAUAAACUGCUUCUGGUCACGAGGAAACAUAGCAAGCCAAGCGGGGUGACCGGCAUGUCACUGUUAUCUCCCCUGUCCGAGUCACCUGUUGAAGAAUUCCAAUACAUCAGGGAGAUCUGUCUGUCCGACUCUCCCUCGGUGAUGACCUUGGUAGAUGGGCCAUCGGAAGAGAGUGACAACCUCAUCUGCGUGGCUUACCGGCACCAAUUCGACGUGGUGAACGAGAGCACGGGGGAGGCCUUCAGGCUGCACCAUGUGGAGGCCAACAGGGUCAGUUGACAGAUAUGGGGGCAAGUGGGAACCUAGAAGGCUAAGAGUUGUGUCUUCUAAUUUUGUCAUGCCGUGAUGAGGAUUUCUUUAAAAUUGUGUAUUAUUUAUCGUGUCAGUAUCAUGCGACGUACUAUUUCGGCUGCACCACCUGAAGCUGCCAUCUUUGUAGGUCCAAGUGGUUCAAUAUAAUAUGAUAUAACUGCCCAUUGCCCUGUUCAGCUUUUCCAGGCCUCCCCGUACCAUUCCACACUUCCCAAUAAAAGAGGAAUGAAGAGUCCAAAAGCUAAAUGUAAAUAACCGAGUAACUGAGAACAUUUGUUUGGUAAUUCAUACUGGAAGGGCCUUUAGAGAGUAAGGUUGCUCUCAGAGGCCCUGCAGACCCACAGCGUGGGGCCUGGGUGGCAGGGGAGGGUACAGCCCACGUCUCCAUCCUCUCAGAGGCCGUUAGGAAAAGAAGAAGGGAUGAAACACCAUUAGGAGAGAGAGAAAAAGCA